AUGGGUGGAGAUGCCAGCAGGAAUCUCUGGGCCGGCCCCACCGAGGCGGCUCCAGCCCUCGGAGGAGAAGCGGCAGGGCCCCCGAGCAGGGCCACGUCCUUCAGCCGGCAGGAGACGCCCGUCGCCCGGCUCAGAGCCGACGAGAAACAUGAGCGCUCGGCCCACUUCGUGGCCCCGGAGGAUGGACCGGCGGAGUUCUCCGCUAGGAAGGCGUGGGAAGAGCGCAAGGUGCGGGCCCGGCUGCUUCCCUGCCGCCUUCCUUUCGCGGAGCUCCUGCAGCAGCAGCAGCUUCCCGAGGGGCCUAGGUUUCGCCCCCCUCCCACCGCACUCCAGAUGGGCUUCUGGGCAUUGCAGUUCACGGGUAUCAAGACUGAAACGAAAGGGGGCUGCGAGGAGGCGGGGAGGGCUCAGCCCCAAGAAGAAGGAUGGCAAACACUGGGCCUGGCCAAGGAAAGGCUCCUUCUGCAGAAAGUGGAACCGACAGGACCAGAAGAGCUUCAGGGUACCAAUGGUGAAGAGGAUUUCUCCCAGACGUCUCCGCCAAGGGGCCGUGCAGCACUGGGGCCAGAUCUGCUGCUUUGGGGGGAAGGGCAGGCGGGAGUGGGGCAUCGUGAGGACGUGCGCUGCCUCUCGUGGUUUGGGGGGGUGUCUCUGGGUUUGAUCGCUCUGCCUUUCCUCCCUCCCAGGUGGUACAAGCUCCACUCCAAGCCGGGUAAGAAGGAGAAGGAGCGGGGCGAGAUCCAGCUGAGCCUGCAGUUCACGCGCCACAGCCUGACGGCCAGCAUGUUCGACCUGUCGGUCAAGGAGAAGCCACGCUCGCCCUUCCGGCGGCUGAGGGACAAGAUGAAGGGGAAGCACAGCUACGACCUGGAUUCCUCCUCCGCCAUCGUGCCCAGCAGCAGUGGAGCCCUGGACGACGAUUUCCACCUGCGGGCCCCCAAGGACAAAGCCCGGGGGAGCUUCUUCUUCAAGGGCCAGCUGCGCCGCUCCUCCCUGACCCGCUCCAGCACCUCCCUGGGCUCCGCCAGCACCCUCUCCUCGGCCAGCAGCCUGGCGGCCCUGGGCAGCGCCGAGGGGGGGGCGCCCUCACCCAGCCGGCACAGCAGCCUCUCCACUGACCCUGCCGGUAAUUCCCAGCCUGGCCUGCCUGCCACUCCAGAGCUCGCCAAGGAUCCCCGGGUGGUCUCUGAGCAUCAGGGCCUCCCUCCCUCCAUCCAGGCCGGAGAAGCGCAGCCCGAGCCCCUCGCCCCACCUGCCAGCCACCUUCAGCCAUCGCCUGCCGCUGCCGCUGCUGCUCCUGUGCGCCCACCCGUGGAAGGGGACGAUGGCUUUGAUGCCUUUGCCGCCAGCCGCCUCCAGCCAGCUGCUCUGGGGCCCGAACCCCCUCCCACCGCAGAGCCCCCAGGGGGGGCGGCUGGUCUCCCACAGCAGGAGGAAGGUCCCCCCAGCCCUGACAGGGUCUCGCAGCAGAAUCCGGACUGGCUGAGCUUCACUUUUGAGGACAGAGGCCGGACCUGGAGCGGGUCUGGGGGGGCCCUGCUAGCGAGGGGGACAUUUGGGGAGGGAGCGAAUUCUGUACCCAAUGCAAGCAGCCUCCCAGAGGAGCAGACCCAAGGGGAAGCCACCCAGGCCCAGAGUGUGGGGCAGCUGGGCUCUUCCACGCAGAUGGUGCCUGUUGCCUCCGAAGUGGCUGGAGAAAUGGACAUCGGCUGGACACCGGAGAGCUGCCCACGCCACCAGACCACCCCUUCCAUGGCCGACCGUUCCUCGGAGCAGCUGGACUGGGGCCGAGAGCAGCAGAUGUUCCCGCGAAGCCAGCCGGGACCCCAAGCUGGAAGCAGUGAGCCCUCUUGGCUUCAGUGGGACCCCGAGAGGGGAGAGGAGGGAGGGGCCGAAGAGGCUGACCCGACCAGCGGAGGCCCCGCCCAGGAGGAGCCAAGGGUGCCGGCACAGACUGAGGUGCCAAGGGGGGCAGGGACCCCACCUCCAAAGCCAGCGAGGAGGGUGCCCCCUCUCCAGCUUGCCGAAGAAGCCAAGGGGGCUGGUUGGGGUGCACGGCCGAGGGGGGCAGGCCCAGAGCCUCAUCAGCCCCUCCCUCCUGAGGGCAUGGCUGGUUCCCCUCCAGCGGCUGCCGUCUCCCUGGUGCCGGCGGUGAUCAUUGGAGCAAGUGUCUCCGAGGCCCCUGAGGGUCCCCCACUGGCCGCCGCAGAAGACGAGACUCUAGAAGAUGACAAGCCGGGGGCCCAGGAAGCCUCUUCGGGGGGGACCAUCUUGGCAGCGAACGAGGGGCCCAGCGCAGAGGCCCUGCCAUUCUCCACCUGCCCCUCCCAGCUCUCCUUGGGCGGAUUAGGCCUCUCGGGGGUCCCCGAGAGUCCCAGGCAGGACGGGGAGGCCGGCUUUGCCCCCUGGGGGCUCGAGGAGGCCUGGCCGACUGGGCUGCCCGGCUCGGCUUCCUUAUGGAGCUCGGAGAGAUCCCCUUGCCCCGCUGAGGCCUCCCAGGGGCCCCCUGAGCUGCGGGUGGAACCCAGCCCGUCUCUGCUGUUCUGGUCCGCUUUGGAAGAGCACCGGGGGCCGCUCGGAGGGGGCGCCAGCCUGGAAAGUCCAUCCGGCCUGGGACAGAAGGAUGUGGCCCCCUCGCACCCGGGGCAGGAGCCGGAGCCGGAGCUCCCCGAUGAGCAAGCGAUGGAGUUCAGGAAGGCUUCCUUCUGGCAGGAGGGCAGGGGGCAGCCAGAGAGCAUGCAGAAGGACCCCGCGCUGACCCCAGGCAACCCCUUUACCCCCUGGGCCCUUCCCUCUCCACAGAAGAACCCCUUUGUGGCCCUGCCUGCUGCAGAGGUGCCCUGGGCCCAGGCUGCCACCUUUCCGGUCUCCCCCACCAUCGAUGCCCUGGGCUUGGGAGAGAUCCCUGUGGCUGCCAACCCUCCCAAGCAGCUCCGUUCUCACAGCUUCUCCGUGCAGCUCCCGGUGGGCCCCAGCCGGCCCAGCCCUCGGCCCUUGGCCUUUUCCACCCCUUCCUCCCAGCCCAGCCCAAGCCCUGACUGCCACCUCCCUUCUCCCCUGGAACUCCCGGCCACCAGCGCAGGGGCUGCAGUGGACGGCCAGCCCAGGGCGCCCCCGUUCCCUUUGCUCUCGCCCCCCAGCACCGACGCCUCGGCCCCUUCGGUCCUGCCCACGGAGAUGCCGCCGGCUCAAGACGCCCCACAACAGCAGACGGCCAGUCCGCACCCAGUCAAGCCCAUGAGAAGCACGGCUGCCCCAGAGUCCCCAGGCAAGGAGAGGCCUCCCGAGGCUUCCAGUCCGAGCCCCAUCCAGACCGCUGGCCAGGAGCAGCUCACCCUCCAGUCCGUCAUUAGUGGGAGCUUUGCAGCCUCGGUGAUGCAGCUGGAGGAGACGGAGCCCAGUCAGAGCCCCCCCACCAAGUACCACCACCUGACGCGGGAGGAGCUGCUCCAACUUCUGCUGCGACGGGAAGACGAGCUGGGCAAGAAGGAGGAGCAGGUGCAGGAGCUGGAGGGCUACAUCGACCGGCUGCUGGUGCGCAUCAUGGAGCAGUCACCCACCUUGCUGCAGAUCCCUCUCGAGGAGGUGGCCAAGGCCACCCAGUAGCCCCUCCCCCUGCCAGGAAUCCCAUCGCCCCUCCCUUCCUGCCCGGGUGUGGUCUGCUGAAUGUUCCCCCUCCUUUGGCGCAGACAGACACCUCCACCCCAGGACACCCCCUGGUCCCUCAGCCUCCCUGUAGCCUCCGCCCGGGACCUCCGGUGGACCUUCAAACGUGGCGGCAACACGGACUCUUCUUGACGCAGCGGCGUGUGUCCCAGGCUGCGGGGUGGCCCUGCAGACGUCCUGGCCUGUCCCUUUGCAAAUGUCGUUGCCUCGACCCCGCUACAGUUAGGCAAUCUUUGUCGUCCCUACCCACCCACCCCAAACUGAUGCCUCCCUCCCCCUCCCUUGGCUGAAAUGGGAGUUUUGCAUGGGAGGGCGAUCGAAGGCAGAGGCGCUGGUGGCUGACCCAGGAAAAGCCACCUGAGUGGACAGAGUACCGGGGGGGGGGGGGGGUGGGGGGCUAUGCUUUGCCUUGUUCCAUGAGGGCUAGUGUCUUCCUCUUGAUUUUGAUCAGCGUUCAAGGCGGUGCCGGCCCGCAGCCCGCUUGGAACCAGCCUGAUCUUUUCCGUGCUAUCUCUCAGGGCAGGGGGGGGGGGGGGGGGCGCUCUCCCUGCCCCAGAGAAGAACCAAGGGCUGAUGGUGCAUGCC